AUGGCAGCCAUUCUGCCUAGGACCGUCCGCAGGGCGGUGGAGGCGGCGCUGUCACUACACUCCGUGCCGCCGCGCCCCGCCUGCCACUUUGCUCGGUACCUGGGCGGCGUAUCCUCUGCUUGCAGCAAUCCUGGCACUGCUUCAGUGGAGUUCUUGCCGUGGCACAAUGGCGGGGGCAUCCUGCACCGGGCAGCGUUCGUUGACCCCACCGCUGUGGUGGAGCCCGGAGCGGUCGUGCACUCCGGUGCUGUCCUUGGUAGAGAGGUCGUUGUUGGUUCUGGAGCCGUGGUUGGGCCUUCAGUUUCCAUUGGGCAUUCAACUAGGAUCGGGUACAAUGCUGUCUUAAGCAAUUGCUCGGUGGGUGAGUUCUGUAUUAUCCACAAUGGAGCUUCGAUUGGUCAAGACGGUUUUGGUUUUUUUGUGGAUGAGGCUGGACAGGUUAAGAAGAAACCACAGAUGCUGUACGCAAGAAUUGGAGACCAUGUAGAAAUAGGCGCAAACACGUGCAUUGACAGAGGCAGCUGGAGAGAGACAAUGAUCAGAGAUCAUACCAAGAUUGAUAAUCUGGUCCAGAUAGGCCACAAUGUGGUAAUCGGAAAGUGCUGCAUGAUAUGUGGGCAAGUAGGGAUUGCUGGUUCUGCAACACUGGGGGACUAUGUUACAUUGGGCGGUAGAGUGGCAAUUCGAGACCAUGUCUCCAUUGUAUCAAAGGUUCGACUGGCAGCUAAUAGCUCGGUGACAAAGGAUAUUCAGGAGCCUGGUGACUAUGGUGGAUUCCCCGCUGUACCGAUAACUGAAUGGCGCCGGCAAACUGCAAAUCUGCGGCUGUUCUCAAAGAAAGAUGGCGUGAAGAGAUAG